CAAAGCUGUCAUAGCUCGAGGAGGGCUGGCUGCGACCACUCGUGCUAAGUGGUGACAUGCUGAGGCACCGGGGCUCCGUCUUACUUACUAUACUCACCUUCGUCUCACUAUCAUCAGAACAACUAAGUUAUUCCGAUGGCUGGGUACCCGUGUCACACGAUGCUAUUUACAAUCAAUUAAGAAGGGAGUCUACACAUUAUCCUGUUUACCUAACAACAAACCUUCCCAUUCAUCAUGAUUACUUGAAUUUGGUGGAAAACGAAAUUAAUUCACGAAGAGAAAUAAGAAAUUUCAUGGAAUCUACGGAAUUUAUUAAUGAGAAACCUGUUGAGAGUAUCACUGAAGUAACCUUAAAAGAGGUAGAUAAAACAGAAGAAAAUCGCAAGGAAUUUUCCAGAAAAGCUAAGAAAGUUCGGGAUCAUGACAGUGAUGUUAAUAUCGAUACAAUUUUGGCUAAAACUAAUAUUGAUACUGAAGUAAAACAUUCAAGUAAAGAUGAUCCUGUAAACGACAUUUUAAACAUUGCACCUGCUGCAAAAUCAUAUGAAGUAACUGAAAAUACAGAUAAAGAUUUGCUUUCAGAGGAUAAUACUACAACCGAAUAUGGAUAUGAAUAUAAACCACCUACAAACAAACCCCAAAAUUUAACUUCAACAUUUUACCAAAUCCUAUCCAAAUAUAACAUCAACACUGACGAUAACUUGCAAAAUUAUGACCUAUCUCUACGGAAUAAGGUUCAAAAUGCUCCAAAAGCUGCGUAUCGGAUUCCAGUACCGUAUAGAUAUAACAGUUUGGAUCAUCUGCCCGUGGAUCCAUUGCUGGCUGUUUUUCUAUCAAACUAUGGGUUCUACUUACCAAGUUUGUAUGGGAUCAAUGCUAAUUAUAAUAAUUUGUACGGCUAUCUGGCCUCUAAUAACAUUCAUAAUAACAAACCCUUCGGUUUGUAUAAAAUCUUCUCUGAUACUGAUUCAUGGAAUUAGAGUUUGAUGUUAUUAUUUUGUCAGUCUGAAUUCGUAUUAAUUAUCAACAUUAGUUGCUAUUUGUAAGUAUAAUUUAAUUAAGAGACUAUUUGUAAUUUUCUGAACACUACAGCAAAAUAUUAUUUGACGUUACCUGCCUGGUUCUUUAAAUUCAAUCAUUUUAAUAACUAAAAUAUGGAGCUUUAAGCAUUAACCAACUUUUAAUUACGAAAAAUAACUUCACAAUUAAGCUUUUAAACCCUUCACCAUAUUAAGAAUAACAAAAAUGGACAAAAGGACAUUUUUAAAAAAGCAAACGAAGUACCGCAUCAACUGCAUAAAGCUAGUCCAGCCAACAAUGAACGUUAUGUGGCAAAUCUUAAGAUUGUAAUUAGAUUGCGGGUCGGUUAAAUAAAGGCUGGAGCUUGGAGUUGUUCCAACAGCCACAGGCGUGACAGUUUCAUAGCGCGUUGUGAAAAGUUGCCUUUGUACAGGAGCCAGUUUGCACCACUUUUUAUAAUGCUUUUUACUCGUUAAACGUCCCGGAUUUUGUUUCUGAGACUUUAAAUCUUGUUAAUUUUGGAUUGUUAGUUAAGUUUAUACCCGGUACAUUAUAGCUUAGUUAAAUUAUUGCGCAUUUUAUGAACGCUACUGCAGUUAGGUAUUAUGCACUUUGUCAUUUGCAUCGUAGACACUUAAAUUGUUGUUGUUUAUCUUACUUAAAUAUUUUAUGCUAUUGGUAACCGAUAUUAUAGUUAUGUACUUCUUUACAUUUAUGACUGGACAUUAUGCGUUAUAUACAUCGUCUGCCUAGCCAUUUCCCAAGUAUAUUUUGGUCGCUUUCCAUUCAAAAAUGCAACCGAGUGACUACCUGCCAAAUCUUCUCAAGGUUACGUUUUGAUUUACACAACAUUUACUUCUGAAUAAACAAUAUAGCCCAACUCAUCAGGGUAUAUUAUUCGUAACUUCCACAUGAAGUCCUCAUGAGGAAAACGGAACAAGAGCUCAUCAGAGCUCGUCGAAUCGCUCUCCGCAAUCAGAUCUUAUACAUUCUUGUAAACAUGUUUUCCGCAUCGUUGAAGACUUGUGAAAAUCAGAAUAGAUUUAUGGAAUACAUUUUGUUAUCAACUAACUUAUACAUAGUACUGGUUUAUUUGUCGAAAUUCAAAUUACAACGAAAUAAUUAUGAUUGAACUUUCUUCACCCUACAAGCUUCAAUUAUGCCAAAUCUUACGUGUCUAUGUAGGCAAAAUGUUUUCUCCCUGCGUAUUACCAUAUUAUAGAAGACCAUCUUGCGCUCGCGGUACUAUCCCCGUCCCGAGGGAACUACUUCCCACAUAUCGAUAAAAUUGUUAUAGUAACUCUAAAAUAAAGCCAGUAGUUUUUGCAUGAAACAGUUACAAAACAUACAUACAUGCAAACGUCUUUACAGACUUUUGCCUUUAUAUUUUUAGCAGGAUAUCGCAGUGCCAUCGUCUGUACAAACCAAUUUUCCAAUGUGUAAGUUAUCUUAUGAACAUGGCUGAAUGGAAGCCAGUGUUCAUAUUUGGGUAUUGCACAGCAGACGGCGACUGCAUUUCGUAAAAAUUUACAUGAAAUCGUAUUCUGAUAUUGCUGUCCAAUUUUGCACGCACAAUGUGUUCCUCGAAUUUAUCUUGGAAAUAAAAAUGUUUUAGUAAAUGUGUUGUGUUUGUCGAAAAUGUGUAAUUUAAGAGUAGCAGUUGCACCCAAUGGCCUUGUCCUUGUUAUAACUCAGGGCUAAGGAUUAUUGGUGUGUGUGUGGGUAGGCUGUACCCAAACUGCGCUGGAAUCACUCCAAGCCAAUAAAAUGGCGGCCGGACUCGAUUGUCUACUCCAUAUAGGAUUGCACACUUUUAAUAUGUAUUCUGUAUGCGUCGCUGUUCGUUGUUUGGAAGUUUAUGUGAGAUACCAGACACUGGAAACUGUUAUUUAUUAAAAUUGGUAUUU